AUUUCCUGCCGUAAGUAGACUGUGCUUCCGGGUCGCGGUCAUUUUGAGCCCCUGUCUGGGUGACUUCUUGCGGCUGUUGGCCCCCUCCCCCUCCCCGCGGUACCUUGCACUUUUCUCUCUCCCUGCCCCCUUUUGAGUCCCCCCUCGGGGCCUUCUGUCCCUGAUCGCUUGAGUUCGCCUUGCUGUCGCCUGCUGCUGUGGUCGGAAGGAAAAAUGAAUGGGAGGGCUGAUUUUCGAGAGCCGAAUGCAGAGGUUCCAAGACCAAUUCCCCACAUAGGGCCUGAUUACAUUCCAACAGAGGAAGAAAGGAGAGUCUUCGCAGAAUGCAAUGAUGAAAGCUUCUGGUUCAGAUCUGUGCCUUUGGCUGCAACAAGUAUGUUGAUUACUCAAGGAUUAAUUAGUAAAGGAAUACUUUCAAGUCAUCCCAAAUACGGUUCCAUCCCUAAACUUAUAUUUGCUUGUAUCAUGGGAUACUUUGCUGGAAAACUUUCUUAUGUGAAAACUUGCCAAGAGAAAUUCAAGAACCUUGAAAAUUCCCCGCUUGGAGAAGCUUUACGAUCAGGACAAGGACGACGAUCUUCACCACCUGGGCAGUAUUACCAGAAGUCAAAAUAUGACUCAAAUGUGAGUGGUCAAUCAUCUUUUGUGACAUCCUCAGCAGCAGACAACAUAGAAAUGCUUCCUCAUUAUGAGCCAAUUCCAUUCAGUUCUUCUAUGAAUGAAUCUGCUCCCACUGGUAUUACUGAUCAUAUUGUCCAAGGACCUGAUCCCAACCUUGAAGAAAGUCCUAAAAGAAAAAAUAUUACAUAUGAGGAAUUAAGGAAUAAGAACAGAGAGUCAUAUGAAGUAUCUUUAACACAAAAGACUGACCCCUCAGUCAGGCCUAUGCAUGAAAGAGUGCCAAAAAAAGAAGUCAAAGUAAACAAAUAUGGAGAUACUUGGGAUGAGUGAAAAAUUACAUCAUUGGACCUACUGAAGGAGUUUCAACAUCCAGCUUCAUCUAGGUGGUCGUGAUUACCUGCAUGCUUUGAGAUCAGCAGCAGUCUUCAUAAACACAUUUAAAACAAGAUCCUGGGUUUUUGUGGUUUGACUUCUAUGGUGUGUUAAAAAAAAACAGAUUUUUAGUGUUAAUAUUGUGUAAAUGUCCUUACCUUGGGGAUUCAUUUGAAUGAUGGUAUUAUACCAUGAUUGUAUACAGUUUGUGAAAUUGUUGCAAGGGCAAAGAUACUCUCAUAAAACCAUCAAGAGAUUACAAUGCUCUAGAAUCAGCAUAUAUGAAAAUAAACGAUAUCUGCAUGUUGAAUUGGGGUGGGUGGGGGGAGCAAGCAUAAUUUUUAAGUGUGAAGCUUUACAUUAGGAAAUUAUGAAAAAGCGUUUUUUCUCCGGUAUUUGCUGUAUUAUCUUAAUGUUUAUGGCAAAUAAAAUGUAAAGGAACAUGCA